AUGCCUGGUGUACUUACAGAGACCCUCGCGGUUACCGAUGGCCCGUUGACAUCGGAGAACGCCGCCCUCCUCCGCCCCUCCAACCCAUCCCUUCCCCUCGAAGAGCUCCGCGCACGCUACGAUGCCGACGGCUACUUAUUCCUCAAACAGCUCCUCCCUCGUGAGGACGUCCUCGAAGCUCGCCGCCAAUACUUUUCCUACCUCUCACCCACGGAAGUCCUGAAAGAAGGUUCCGACCCCGUCGAGGGAAUCUUCAACCCAAAAAAGGACCCGGAACAUUACCCGGGUAUUGGAGCCGGUGCUGUGGGAGGAAACGGACGCCCUGGUGGAGAUAACGCGGCGCAGUUUGUAGACCGCGCGAUCGAGGCACACUAUAAGGAUUGGUAUGUCGAGAAGCUGUGCCACCAUCCGAAGCUCUAUGAGUUUGUGGCUAGGUUCAGUGGAUGGGGGAGUGAUACGUUGACGUUUCAGCGGACGCUGUUGAGGAAUAAUAUCCCCGGGACGAAGCCGAUUGGCGUGCAUUAUGAUCAGAUUUUCCUGAGGUAUGGGGAGCCGACUAGUGUUACUGCUUGGGUUCCUAUCGGAGAUAUCAAGAUCAAUGGAGGCGGGUUAAUCUACCUUGAGGAUGGUGACCCCGUGGGCCUCAAGAUUGAAGAAGAGUUUACCAACAAGGCCAAACAAGCCGGGUUAACAGAGGAAGAAGCUCACUCGGCAUUCAACUCCAACAUGAUGGCGACUGGCCUGCUCUCUGAGACCCCAGCUGGCUUCGCAAAGGAACAUAACCGGCGCUGGCUGGUUUCGGCUUAUGAGGCUGGUGACGUUGUCUUGCAUAAGCCGCAUACGAUUCAUGCCUCGACCAUCAACAAUGACCCUGACGGUGUGAUUCGUCUUGCGACUGACUUGCGGUUUUGUGACUCGUCAAAGCCGUAUGAUAAGCGGUGGAUGAACUCGUAUCGCUUCGGGGAUGGUGUCUAG